AUGGCAUCUUCCGCCGUCACAGAGCUUGUUUACCUAACCUUCAGAGAAGGUGUGAAGCCCGAGGACCCCGAAAACUAUGACGGACGGGUCUUCACUGACACCCUUGAGGCCGUGAAGCUGCAGAGCGGCUACCUGUAUUCGAGCUGGGGCAGGACCGUGGCGGAUGAAAACGAUAUUGUUUGGGUUGUUGCAUGGAAGGACAACACAUCCUCUGUUCCCCUCAGCCAAAUCGCCCCAAUCCUCGCGCCCACCUCAGCCCCAAUAACAAUCCACACAACCCUCACCCCAUCCGUCCCCCUCUCAGACCUUGCCGCAACACCAAUCGUCGAAGUCGCCAUCCUCCCUUUCCCCAGCGCCCUACCUUCGACAGAGAAAUCCUUCAUAAACACCUCCCUAUCAAACCUGCGCACCGCCCUGCUAAACAUCAGGCCCCCCGAUGACGAUGACGAUGACGACGACGGCCGGCCGGCCACCGAGGAUCAGCGGGCACGUAGUCAGCAGCGGACACAGACAUCCUUGUCGUCGUCGGCAUCGUCGUCGCGGACGAGGUUGGGAGAUCCGGGCCCGCCACGCUGGUUAUCAAUCGGGUGGGUCGAGAGGCCUGGAACGGUCGAGCAUGCCGACAGCGCGUCCGGGGAGGCGGAGCUGGCGAUCCUGGUGAUUGGAUGGGAGAGUAUACAGGAGCAUGAGGCUGCGAUUGGGACGGAUGAGUUUGAAAGAGCUAUUGCGCCGGUUAGGAGGAAGAUGUUCCCUGGGACCAAGGUGUUGGAGAUGAGGGCAGGAUUUCUUCCCAUGACCGGUGGUUGCGAGAUAACCGGAUUUAAGAAAAUAUUGAAAUUUUUCAUGGUAGUCGAUUGA